UUUCACAUCUGUAUCUUGCUAUGCUGCAUCACUAUAUAAACGCCGCAAUCGAUUUAAUUGUCAAGACUGGAGCUUUAUAAGGUUUUCCAAAAGGGCCCACAAGGCUAAAAGAACACAUUUUUAUUUUUUAUUUUUUCUCACUGGUUGAAGGAGAAAAAGAGUAAUUGCCCUUCUUGAUUGGGCUGCCCGCCACGAUUUCUUUCAUCGUUGAUAUAUCUUCUUUUUUUUUUUUUAAUCUCACAUUUUCUUGAUUAGGGUUCUGCUUAAACAUGUAGAGAGUGGGGAUUCAGUAAUUAGGGCAUUGCCAAUUUCACCCCAAUUUUAGGAAGCUUUAAUCUUUUCAGCAUGUUGGGUUUUGAAAUUUGAAGUCACUAUUUAUAUGGGUGGUAUGUUUCUUGAUCAAUAGUUUUGUUAAAAGUUGUAGUCUAUGUGUAAGUUGGUAAUUGAGAAAGAGUUGUGCUUUCCUUUGAUCAUGAUUAUCAAAAUCGAAUAGGUUAUUGUAUUGUGUGUAGUAAGUAAAACUGAAUCAAGCAUGAGUAGAAGAGUGCGUAGAAAGGUUGUGAGGAGGGGAGUAGAGAAAGUCGAUUUCGUCGAAAAAGACGAGCUUGAUUGGACUAGGUUGCCUGAUGAUACAAUGAUUCAGCUUUUCUCUCUCCUGAACUAUCGGGACCGUGCUAGUUUAUCCUCGACAUGCCGAACAUGGCGCACCAUCGGUAAAUCGCCGUGCUUGUGGCAAGAAUUGGAUCUCCGGGCCCACAAAUGCGACCCCACCGCCACCUCGUCGCUCGCUUCUCGGUGCAAGAAUCUCCAGAAGCUUUAUUUCCGAGGCCCCGAUUCGGCCGAUGCUGUAAUAAGCCUUAAAGCCAAGAAUUUGAAAGAGAUCAGCGGUGAUUCUUGUAGGAAAAUGACCGAUUCGACCCUGUGCGUGCUCGCGGCUCGCCACGAAGCUUUAGAGUGCCUUCAAAUCGGACCGGAUUUCUGCGAGAGAAUCAGCAGCGACGCUGUAAGAGCGAUCGCGAUUUGCUGUCCUAAACUGAAGAAGCUUCGGAUCUCGGGGAUUCAAGAAGUGGAUGCUAGUGCAAUCAAUGCCUUGGCGAGGAAUUGUCCUAAUUUGAACGAUAUUGGAUUUAUCGACUGUCGGAAGGUGGACGAAGCUGCUUUGGGGAACAUCGCUUCGCUUCGGUUUCUCUCUCUCGCGGGGUCCACCAACAUUAAAUGGAGCUUGUUCGUGCUGCCUCAUCUAAUCGGCUUGGAUGUUUCUAGAACAGACAUUAGCCCGAGUAAUGUAUCGAGAUUCUUCUCUUCAUCACUUAGCUUGAAGGUGUUGUGCGCGUUGAAUUGUCCUUUACUCGAAGCUGACCCCACUUUCGUCUAUAAUAACUAUAACCAUAAAGGUAAAGUGCUAGUUUCCAUCUUCGGCGACAUUCUUAAAGAGAAUGAAACUAAUAUUUUCCUGCAUUGGAGAAAUUCGGAGAAGGAUAAGAGAUUGGACGAGGUUUUAAAUUGGUUGGAGUGGAUUGUGUCGAAUUCGCUUCUACGUAUUUCCGAGAGCAAUCCGCCUGGAUUGGAUAACUUCUGGCUCAAGCAAGGUGCGUCUUUGUUGCUUAGCCUCGUGCAGAGUUCGAACGAGGAGGUUCAAGAAAGGGCAGCUACUGCUAUUGCAACUUUUGUAGUGACCGACGAUGAGAGUGCGAGUAUCGAUCCUUUACGAGCUGAAGCGGUUAUGCAGAAUAACGGCUUACGCCUUCUCCUAGAUCUUGCUCGAUCUUGGCACGAGGGUCUUCAAUCCGAAGCUGCUAAGGCCAUUGCAAAUUUAUCGGUGAACGCUAAAGUUGCGAAAUUUGUGGCUGAAGAAGGCGGCAUUGGCAUUAUCGUAAAUCUUGCUAGGUCUGUUAACCGAUUGGUCGCCGAAGAAGCUGCUGGAGGAUUGUGGAACCUCUCCGUUGGUGAAGAGCACAAGGGUGCUAUUGCCGAAGCUGGUGGAGUAAAAGCUCUGGUCGACCUUAUAUACAAAUGGUCACAGUCUAGUUGCGGUGAAGGAGUCUUGGAACGGGCAGCCGGUGCAUUGGCAAAUCUUGCAGCAGACGAGAAAUGCAGCACUGCAGUUGCUUCCAUGGGUGGUGUACAUGCUUUAGUGACACUAGCUCGGAAUUGCAAAAUCGAAGGAGUUCAAGAGCAGGUGGGAUUUUUUUAUUUAUUUUUUAAUUAAAUGCCAAUGAAUAUUAUAUAUUUGUCGCAAAAUAGUCGGUCAAACGUAGGGCAAUAUUGAACUAUGGUGGCAGUUCAAGAAAUGCUCAAAUGAUAAACUUCAACACUUAGGCCUCGUUUGGUCCGGAGAGAUUACCCAUGAUUAACUAAAUAGUUGGACUUUGUUUGAUGUUUGGUAAACCCAAUAAUUUUCCGGGUCGACCCUUUUUUUAUUUUAUUUUAUUUUAUUAUAUCAUGGAUCGGAUCUUAUAUUGACUAAUCUUAUCUUAG